CGCGAAGCUCUCAUCACGUACAAAGAGCAAGAAGAAAACAUCUAACGCGAAAAAUUGUUGUCGCUAUUCAACUUCAAUCAACUCAAUAUUGAAUUAGGUCUCGUUCAGGCACGCUAUACGCCAUGGCGCCCACUCAGCUGCCAGAGUCGGGCAACCCUCUGGUCUUUUUUGACAUAACUCUAGGAGGUGAACCCCUCGGCCGCAUCACAUUUGAGCUCUUCAAGGAUGUGGUCCCAAAAACUGCCGAGAACUUUCGACAGUUUUGUACCGGAGAAUCCAAAGACGCUGGCGGUCGCCCGCAAGGAUACAAGGGAUCCAAAUUUCACAGAAUUAUUCCAAACUUCAUGUGUCAGGGUGGAGAUUUCUUGAAGGGCGAUGGAACGGGAUCAACCUGUAUCUGGGGCUACAAGUCAUUUGAUGACGAGAACUUUAACCUGAAGCACGAACAGCCCGGUCUGCUCUCGAUGGCGAAUGCCGGACCCAACACCAACGGUUCUCAGUUCUUCAUCACCACUGUUCCCACUCCCUUCUUAGACGGCAAGCAUGUUGUCUUUGGAAAGGUAGUUGACGGCAUGGAUGUGGUGAAAAAGAUGGAGGCUACAAAGACUGGCUAUCGAGGAAAGGAUGUGCCCAACAUGGAUGUCACCAUUGCCCAGUGUGGCGAGAUGUAAAUAUUGUUGAUAAGGCAGCAAGAGAUAAUUGUCACGUAGGUAAAGCAAAAUAAACUGCUGUGAACAAACAUCAAAGGUG